UCACUCGCUCUCCCUCCCUCUCCUUCAAGCCCACAGCCAUUCAGUCCUCCCUCUGUUCUGUUCCUUCAUUCCCGCAUCCAUUCCUUUCUUUCUACCUACCUCUCUGCCUCUGCCGCACAUUCCCAUAUUUCCUCUUCUUCAUUUCUAUCUUCGAGAACCCGCCCCCCCGUGCCUCUUUUUUUAUUCCCCCCAUUCUUCACUUGCCAGCCUCCCUCCCCCCUCCCCCUCUGUUCCUCCCUCACUCUUUCUAUCCCUUUAUCGAGUGCAGGCACACAUUCACACACUCACACACUCACACACACACACACACACAUACACACACACAUGCACACGGAGCGACACGCGCUGACCAGCUCUGACACAUACAUACACACACUCAGGCACAGACCCUCUCGGAGAACACGCAUCCUUGCACGCUCACACACACGCGCGUGCUGACAUCCCAGCGCUCACUCAGCUAAACUGAACGCCCCCUCCUUCCUUUUUUCCCCCCACCCAGCCUUACCCUUACCCCCUUCACCCCCAUCCCCCCCUCCACCACCCCCUCUUCCUUGGUCCAAGAAAAAAAAAAGAAAGAAAGCACGAGGUUUACCCAUCUGGAGGGCUCGCUCCAAUGCUUAGUGGGCCCCCUGCCAUCUUCAGCUGCCACCUGUUUGUCGGUUAAACAAUGGAUUGCCUCUGCAUAGUCACCACCAAGAAAUAUCGAUAUCAAGAUGAAGACACGCCACCCAUGGAGCACAGUCCUGCUCACCUAACCAACCAGGUGAAGGCCCCCGAGCUCGUCAACGUGUCAGAGAAGAACCUGUCACAGAUUGAGAACGUCCACGGCUACGUGUCGCACUCACACAUCUCACCAAUGAAGCCGGUGCUCCUUUCUGCCGGUCAGACACCUCUGUACACAUCUGCCACCUCCACCCUGGCAAACUCUCCACCUGUGAUUGUUAAUACAGACUCAAUAGACGCCCCGCCAUACGUAAAUGGCACAGAUGGUGAGGUGGAAUAUGAAGAAAUCACACUAGAAAGGGGUAACUCCGGCCUGGGGUUCAGUAUCGCAGGGGGCACAGAUAACCCCCAUAUUGGGGAUGACCCAAGUAUCUUCAUUACCAAAAUUAUCCCAGGUGGAGCAGCAGCACAGGAUGGGAGGCUCAGGGUAAACGACAGCAUACUGUUUGUGAACGAUGUGGAUGUUCGUGAGGUUACUCACAGCAUGGCUGUGGAGGCAUUGAAAGAGGCGGGUGCCAUUGUGAGGCUCUACAUCAUGAGGCGGAAACCCAUUGCUGAGAAAAUCACAGAGAUCAAGCUAAUCAAGGGACCCAAGGGUCUGGGCUUCAGUAUUGCGGGAGGAGUGGGAAACCAACAUAUUCCCGGAGACAACAGCAUCUACGUGACCAAAAUCAUUGAUGGAGGUGCAGCACACAAAGAUGGCCGACUACAGAUUGGAGACAAGAUCCUAGCGGUCAAUAAUGUCUGCUUGGAAGAUGUGAUGCACGAGGACGCAGUGGCUGCCCUCAAAAACACGGCAGAUGUAGUCUACCUGAAGGUGGCCAAGCCUACCAACGUCUACCUGAAUGAUUCCUACGCACCUCCAGACCUCACAAGCUCUUAUUCCCAGCACAUGGACAAUGAAAUCGGGCACUCCAAUUAUCUGGGCACGGACUACCCUCAAGCUCUAACUCCCACCUCGCCACGGAGAUACUCACCAAUCCCAAAAGGAUUGCUAGGAGAUGAUGACAUUCCAAGCAGGGAACCAAGACGGGUAGUGAUUCAUCGUGGCUCAACUGGACUGGGAUUUAAUAUUGUCGGAGGUGAAGAUGGAGAGGGGAUCUUUAUCUCCUUUAUCCUUGCAGGAGGACCAGCAGAUCUCAGUGGAGAGUUGCGGAAAGGGGACCAGAUCCUAUCGGUCAAUGGUGUGGACCUUAGGAAUGCCACUCAUGAACAAGCCGCUGCUGCCCUUAAAAACGCUGGACAGACUGUGACUAUCAUCGCCCAGUAUAAACCAGAGGAGUAUAGUCGUUUUGAAGCAAAGAUUCAUGACUUACGUGAGCAGCUGAUGAAUAGCAGCAUGGGAUCAGGGACAGCCUCACUACGGAGCAAUCCCAAGAGGGGCUUUUAUAUCAGGGCUUUGUUUGACUAUGACAAGACAAAAGACUGUGGCUUCCUCAGCCAGGCAUUGAGUUUCCGAUUUGGAGACAUUCUUCAUGUAAUCGAUGCCUCAGAUGAGGAGUGGUGGCAGGCACGGCGGGUCAGUCCUGACGGGGAGGGUGAAGAGAUUGGCUUUAUCCCCAGCAAAAGAAGGGUAGAAAGAAAAGAAUGGUCAAGACUGAAAACAAAGGAAAGGGACAGGAGCAGAGACAGCAUUGGAUCACAAGGCAGAGACGAUUUUGUGCAGAGCUACGAGACAGUGACACAGAUGGAAGUUCAUUACGCACGCCCUAUCAUCAUCCUGGGACCCACAAAGGACAGAGUGAAUGACGAUCUCCUCUCUGAAUUUCCUGACAAAUUUGGAUCCUGCGUGCCACACACAACCAGGCCAAAGAGGGAAUACGAGGUGGAUGGACGUGACUAUCACUUUGUGUCGUCCCGUGAGCAAAUGGAGAAAGACAUCCAGAGCCACAAGUUCAUCGAGGCCGGCCAGUACAACAGUCACCUUUACGGGACCAGCGUGCAGUCAGUCCGAGAGGUGGCUGAGCAGCAAGGGAAGCACUGUAUUCUCGACGUAUCUGCCAACGCAGUGAGACGACUGCAAGCUGCUCAUCUGCAUCCCAUUGCAAUCUUCAUCAGACCAAAAUCACUUGAGAAUAUUUUAGAAAUUAACAAGAGGCUAACAGAAGAGCAAGCACGAAAAGCUUUGGACAGAGCUACAAAGCUAGAGCAAGAAUUUAUAGAGUGUUUCUCAGCCAUCGUUGAAGGUGACAGCUUUGAAGAGGUCUACCACAAAAUUAAGCGGAUCAUUGAGGAGCAGUCAGGACCUUACAUCUGGGUACCAGCCAGAGAAAGACUCUGAACAGCAGUCUGUCUGUCUUGUCUGUCCGUUUUGUGUGUUCUCACACCUGCAUCACUGUGGGGACCACCAUGAAUGAAGUGUCUGCUGCCUCCAGAGCAGAUUUCAAGCUCUUUGUAUGGUUUCUUUAAAAGACAACAGCAAAAAAGGGAAAAGCUCAUGAGUCCAUUAAAUUACAGAGAACCCCCCUGACCCCCCCCCCCCCAAGGCAAUGCAAGGACAGACCGUACUGCCUGCAGCCCAACAAUUACUGCGGAAAUACAACACUUCACAACUUCUGCUCAUCUCAGCUCCAUGCAUUGUGCUUGUGCAUGCUUUGUUUAAAAAAAAAAAGAAGAAAAGAAAGAAAAACAAAUGGGACAGAAAGAUUCAUUUUUAUAGCAAAUAUUUCAGGACACAACUAUCGAAAAAAGAAGAAAACAAAGCACUAAAUGUGAAGAAGCUUCUACUCUAAGCCUGUGAAAACUGUCCUGGUGUGUUGAUUCUUGACAGAUUUCCUUAUUUUGGAUUCUCCCCAGCACAAGGAUGAUAGGAUGCCGAUUUUAUUUUAAAAAAAAAAAAAACAGAAAAGAAGAAAAAACAAAAAACCUUCAGAGUGGACUAUAUUUUAAAGAGGUUUUAAAGUGAUACAAACUGCUGUUUUUGUUUUAUGGUUUGUUUUUUUUUUUGUUUUCUUUUUCAAAAUAUAUAAUAAACUCAUUAUCUACUGUUACUUGGACAAAUCCACUGCGAUCUUUGAAGCCGUCACCCAGACUGGCACCAUUGCUUGCCCGUCGCCUUUUCUUUUUCUGUCAGUGUAACAGUACUUAAUGGUUUUAAUAUAUAUUUGCAAAAAAAAAAAAUUAAUGCUGUAUAACUCUUAGAGAAGUGGAAUUGUUGAUUUAUUUAUGCAGAUAUUUAUUAUGAAUUAAUUUAUUUCAAAAGAAAACAAUCCUGCACCAAGGGAGGUGAAUGCUGCCCGCCGGACCCCCAUGGCUCGGUUGAAUGGGUGCUUGCCUGCGUGGACCCCUUUUUGCUUUUUGUUUUGUUUUUCCUGCCUUUCUCUGAAAAGCAACUUUGCCUGGGAUGUGGCAGCACACAACAUACCACGUUAUAAAAGCAAAGUUGGGAGUCGUGCAGGUCACAAGAGAGCCAAAGCAGCUCCCGCUUCUUGAUUACCGAGUCUUGAGCUUACACUAACUCAUAUAGCCUCUGUCACUGCAGCCGCCAUCACGAGACUCUUUGCAGAGCAGACAAGAAUACAAUACUGUGCUUAAUCUGACUUCUUGUUCUCUUGCUGUCUGUGGUUUCAGUCACUCAAUCUAUAUUUUAUAUAGUGCCUUUCAUGGAGAACAUCAUCUCAAAGCACUUUAUGUGAUCAGUACAGCUCAAAGAAUAUCCAUACAUAUUUAUAGAGUCAAAGCACAGGCAGCAAGCCCUUGGUGGGACUGAACCCCUAACCUACACCAAUAUCGACUCGACUGAUGACAACAUAGGUUAUGGAGUUACAGCUUAACACUGUAGGCCCUGAUGGGGACGCCCGACUUGGUCGCAGAGGGCAGCAUGGCAGCCUCGGUUACAACAAGUGUGUUUCUGUAGACAGCUGCACGACAAUGGAGCUCUGACCCAAAAAUCAGGUGUAGUCUAGCAAGUUGCUCCAGGGCUGGGAAGGGUCACACUAGCCAAAGAAGGUGCAGCAUUGAAAUUCAGAGACCACGGUCAGUCUAAAAAAAAAAAAGUUCCGUUUUCAAAACUGUACCGAUUUCCAUACUGAAAAAACAAAGAGUUUAGAGGCACAAAGGUUUGUGUCUCUAAUUCAACAAGAACACGGAGACACAGACAGAAACUUCUUAAGAGCAAAUUUCAUGCAAACAUUACUGAGAGUCAUAGACACAUGGAACAAGUUACAAGUAGUGUGGCGGGCAGUAGGACUUUAGGACCUUCAAAACUCGACUCCAUGUUAUUUCGGUGGCGAGUGUGUUGGACUGAAUGGCCUAUUCUCAUCACUGUUGUUCUAAUGUUUCAGCCAUACAGACUGUACGUUUAUUCUUGUUGGCAAACAGCACAGGAAUUCACAAUUUCUGCACCUUGGGCUUCUAACCCCAGUCCUUACACGCAUGUGCAUGACCAUCAUGCUCCUUUUGAAGGGCUCCACCGGUUCAAAUGGGAUUGUUAGCCAAACAGAAAGGUGUGGCAUCUUUAUAACAGAAUCUGCUGAGGUGGGGGGGGGGGGGGGUGGUGGCUGCACACCAAGGUCCAAAUCUUUCCCGCUCCACCACUGCCAGGUCCAUUCUUUUGCUGUGAAGUUCAAUCUCGACCUCUGAGCUGUUGUGUGACCCUGACCAUUCGCCUAACCCAACAGCACGUGAACUCUCAAAAUGAAAGCACCCGAGGAGGAGUUUUGCUAUGGAAAACCUCUAUAUAAAAUAUAAAGCUGCUUUUUUUACUAAACAAAACUCUCAAGAUUACAAAGGAUCUAUGAAGGACAAACAUUAUUUUAUAGUGUGAACACCAUCCCUUGGGGUUUAACAACACCCCGCCAUUGACUUCUGUGGUGCUGGCGAUGCUGCCUUCGUUACCAAGUCACACGUGUCCCUCCAACACAUUGUAAGAUAAGGCUGACCAGUGCUCGGGUGCUAUCGUUCAUUUCGCCAUCGGCCGUGUCCCCCUUCAGGUGAGGGGAAUGAAGCAUUUCCUGCUCGAUUUGUAUUUAUUGGUUGGUUCCUAUUUGAUUUAAAAAUGUCUGUCAUUCAAGUCACUGUGUCCUCGGUCCAUCACAGGCAAGCACACAGGGUUGUAAUCCAUGAAGUCUACACAGAAGAAGUUACAAAAAAUGUAAUUGUAUUUUUAAAUAUUUUAAAAAAUUCUAUAUAUAUAUAUAUAUAUAUAUAUAUAUAAUUUUUGGCAUACAAGCACAUAGCUUAUCUUACCUGAAGCACUGAAUAAAUAUGACCCAUUCCACUCAUUGAAGCCACGUCCUCCUUCUGCAGUGAUCCCAGACUUCCUGAGGCUUGACGUUUCCAUUUACUUCAGUAUAUGUCUGGGGUAAGAAAAAAAAAAAGUGUGCAAAAAUAUUUUUUCUGUGUAAAAAUGGGAACGGCAGCAGCUGCAGACUAGGAACUUUAUAAGGGCAGCCUUUAUUUGAUUUCACUUGCUACCUACAAAUGUCCUGCCAGUGAUAACGGGAGAAAAUAACAACAAAACAAAAAAAAUUAAAAGUUUAAUGUGGUUUAAA